UUUUGAUCAUUUGUCGCCCCUUGGGAUAUCAUCUCACGCUGGGCUAUGCCGAGACCCGUCCGGAUGAAGUCCAAGUCCCACGCAAAGUCCCCCGCGGGAGUUGGUCACUGACCCACGCUUCUUAGCUCACAGUCCCAACGAGCUUCCCCGCUUUGUAAACUUUUGCAUCUCAACUCUGAACAUCAAUUUCACCCCCUCAAUCCUCCAGAACUAAUUAUGACGUGACUCCCUGUCCCCGCAGGCGGACUGCCGCAUUUUGGCUAAUAUUCUUACAUGCACCGGCGCAUCACCGCACGUCCCGUCAGCCGGCCUUGGCAGGUCAAUCAUCGACCUUCCUGUAUUGAGGAACCCGAGGGGGCGGCAAAUCUCUCGGGUUAUCUGGGCACGACAGAGAAAGAGGUGCCGAUGAUAUCCCGUAGGAUGAUUGAUGAGCAAAGGAAGAACCGCUCCAUGAGCAUUCUCAACAAGGCCCUCGCUGGGGGGUACGCCGUCCCAGCCAUGUGCUGCUACAACAUCGAAUCCAUCAUCGCCACCGUCAGAGCUGCCGAAGCCGCCCGCUCCCCAGCUAUGGUCUUGCUCUUCCCGUGGGCGAUUCAAUAUGCUGGUGACGCUCUCGUCAAAGCCGCCGCUGAGGCAGCUCACUCGGCCUCGGUCCCAGUCUCCCUCCACCUGGACCACUGCCAGACACCCGAGCUGGUCCGCAGGGCAGCCGACAUCCCGGACGCCUUUGACAGCAUCAUGUGCGACAUGUCGCACUACGAAAAGGAGGAGAAUCUCAAGCUCACCGCUGAACUGGUUCAAUACUGCCACGAGCGCGGUAUCGCCGCAGAGGCAGAGCCAGGACGUAUCGAAGGUGGCGAGGACGGCGUAGCUGAGACUGCUGACCUCGAGGGGCUGUUGACUACCCCCGAGGAAGCGGAGGAGUUUGUUGCCACCGGGAUUGACAUGUUGGCGCCGGCGUUUGGGAAUGUGCAUGGGGAGUAUGGACCGAGGGGGAUCCAGCUGGAGUAUGACCGGCUUGAUGCUAUCAACAAGAAGGUCGGGGAUAGGGUCAGGUUGGUACUGCAUGGGGCUGAUCCGUUCGAUGAGGAGAUUUUUAGGAAGUGCAUGGCGGGGGGGGUGACGAAGGUGAAUAUCAACAAGGGGAUGAAUAAUCACUAUGCGUGGACGCAGGAGAAGAUGAGGGGGAAGCCGUUGACGAGUGUGAUUGAGAAGGGGACGGAGGCGAUGCAGGUGGCGAUUGAGAGGUAUAUGCAUUGGUUGGGGAGUGCUGGGAAGGCUUGA